AAGAAGUUGAGCCGUCCAGGGACAUUUGCAAGAGCCACAUUCUUUAAAACAACGGAGGAAUCGGAAGCGCAGAGAAGUACCAUGUAAAACGCGGGGGGAGGGGGGAAGAGAACCAGCAGGAUUGGUGUGGAUUGGAUUGCAGCUCGUCUGGACUGAACUAGAUGGAAAAUUGCAGAUGGAUAUUUAACUUUUUUUCCUUUUUUUCUCCCGUGGAUUUGGAUUUGUUGCAAAAUGAUGUAGUUUGGCCUUCGUGAUAGUCUCCUUCUUUCCCUCCUCCCUUUCGGGAUUUCAUUCUGGAUAUUCUUCUUCGGAGCGAUUUCAAAAUACAAUUGAGACUAUGAAAGAAGACUGCCUGUUUGUAACAAGAGGGCUGGAUCCAAUUUUGCUAGCCCCAAGAAAGAAUUCCCUUGCAUAUCUGUCCUGACUAAAUAGCCUUACCUCUAGAGCACCUGAUUUAUUGGCCAGGAAGCAAGAAGGACAGAAGAUGGACUAGGUAUUUUGAAUAUUGGAGCUCCUGAAGGACCAACACCAAACGAAUUAUGAAUGUUGAACAAGAUGACCUUACAUCCACAGCAGAUAAUGAUAGGUCCUAGGUUUAACAGGGCCCUAUUUGACCCCUUGCUUGUGGUUCUACUGGCUCUUCAACUUCUUGUGGUGGCUGGUUUGGUUAGAGCUCAGACUUGCCCUUCUGUCUGUUCCUGUAGUAACCAAUUCAGCAAAGUAAUUUGUGUGAGGAAGAAUCUGAGAGAGGUCCCUGAUGCCAUCUCUACUAAUACACGGUUAUUGAAUCUCCAUGAGAAUCAGAUCCAAAUCAUUAAGGUGAAUAGUUUCAAACAUCUGAGGCAUCUAGAAGUCUUACAGUUGAGCAGGAAUCACAUUAGAACAAUAGAAAUAGGGGCUUUCAAUGGUCUGGCUAAUCUCAAUACUUUGGAACUCUUUGACAAUCGUCUUAGCACCAUUCCAAAUGGGGCUUUUGUAUACCUGUCAAAACUAAAGGAACUUUGGUUGCGAAACAACCCCAUUGAGAGUAUCCCUUCUUAUGCUUUUAAUAGAAUUCCUUCUCUGCGAAGGUUGGAUUUGGGGGAAUUAAAAAGGCUUUCAUAUAUCUCAGAAGGUGCCUUUGAAGGUUUGUCCAAUUUGAGGUAUUUGAACCUUGCUAUGUGUAACCUUCGGGAGAUCCCUAACCUCACACCACUUGUAAAACUGGAUGAGCUAGAUCUUUCUGGGAACCACUUAACUUCUAUCAAGCCAGGGUCCUUUCAAGGGUUAAUGCACCUCCAGAAACUGUGGCUGAUUCAAUCCCAGAUUCAAGUGAUUGAAAGAAAUGCCUUUGAUAACCUUCAGUCACUAGUAGAGAUCAACCUGGCCCAUAACAAUCUAACAUUACUGCCUCAUGACCUCUUUACACCUCUCCGUCUAGAAAGAAUCCACCUGCAUCACAACCCUUGGAACUGCAACUGUGAUAUCCUGUGGCUCAGCUGGUGGAUUAAAGACAAAGCACCCUCUAACACUGCAUGUUGUGCCCGUUGCAACACACCUCCUAGCUUGAAAGGAAGGUACAUCGGUGAGCUGGACCUGAAUUACUUUACAUGCUAUGCUCCUGUAAUUGUGGAGCCACCAACAGACCUCAACGUCACUGAAGGCAUGGCUGCUGAGCUAAAAUGCCGAGCAUCAACAUCCUUGACCUCUAUAUCUUGGAUUACUCCUAAUGGGUCUGUUAUAACACAUGGGGCUUAUAGGGUUCGGAUUUCUGUGCUUAGUGAUGGCACAUUAAAUUUUACAAGGGUGACUGCGCAAGACACAGGCUUGUAUACGUGCUUGGUGAGUAACUCCGUUGGGAAUACCACAGCUUCUGCCACACUCAAUGUAACUGCACAGGAGUGUAUUACUUACUUUUCAACCAUCACAGUAGAAACUGUGGAACCUUCUCAGGAUGAGGCACGGACCACAGAGCAGGUUUGGCCCACACCAGUCACUGAAUGGGAUACCACCAACGCAACAACUUUUCUCACACCACAGAGCACAAGGUCAACAGAAAAAACAUUCACUAUCCCUGUGACAGAUGCAAGCAAUGGGAUUCCAGGAAUAGAUGAAGUUAUGAAAACUACCAAAAUCAUAAUUGGUUGUUUUGUGGCAAUCACUCUCAUGGCAGCAGUGAUGUUGGUCAUUUUUUACAAAAUGAGAAAACAGCAUCACCGACAAAAUCAUCAUGCUCCAACACGAACUGUAGAGAUCAUUAAUGUGGAUGAUGAGCUUACAGGUGAUACACCUAUAGAAAGUCAUCUUCCCAUGCCAGCAAUAGAGCAUGAGCACCUAAAUCACUAUAACUCCUAUAAGUCUCCUUUCAACCACACAACAACAGUUAACACAAUAAAUUCAAUACACAGUUCAGUGCAUGAACCAUUAUUGAUCCGAAUGAACUCGAAAGACAAUGUACAAGAGACUCAAAUCUAAAACAUUUGCAAAUUUAAAGGGGGAAUUUAAAACAAAAAGACAGUUUAUUAAAAAAAUGACACAAAUGACUGGGCUAAAUCUACUGUUUCAAAAAAAGUGUCUUUACAAAAAAGAAAUUUAUUUAUUAAAAAAUUCUAUUGUGCGCGAAAACAGACAAAAUUAUGUGUAUUCCUCAGAACCUCUUUUUGCUGCACUUAUUUACCUUACUUCUUUCCUGACCCUUUCUUCUUCCCUUGUCCUAAUCCCAUUUGCCAUAUUUUUUCAUAGAACAACUUGAUUCUCUAAAGAACUGGUCUAGGAAUUUUUGUAAGAAUUCUGUUAACGCUUUGGGAAUUUUUAUGGUGAAUUCUAGUGGUGAGAUUGGGUCUAUUUUGUCUUUUUUCAUUUCAUUUUUUUCUCAUGCCCUUUUUGAAAUGGUUCAACAGGGAAAUGAAUGUUAGCAGUAGAUUCAUAAGAACAAUCAAGAAACAACAACAAAAUAACAAAUCUUUUCUUUUAAUUUUUUCAUAUAAUUACCUGUUCUGUAUUUCCUGGAAGGACCAUUCUGUGGAAGACGAAACAAAAAUCCAAGAAAUUAAUUUUCAUGUGAGCAUCUAUAAAACCCAUGAUCUUUUAAACAAUUCUAGAACCAGGAUUUGUAGUUCAAACACUAAAAAUAAGAUUAUAAAUAAAAUAUUGUUGUUUUUUUCUGUA